AUGGAGCGCAGCGGGGAGCCAGUUGCCAUCAUCGGCACCAGCUGUCGUUUCCCAGGUGACUCAACCACGCCAUCCAAGUUCUGGGAGCUUCUGCGAGAACCCCACGAUCUGUUGAAGCCCCACCGCAGAGGCUUCGACUCAGAGUCUUGGUACAGUGAGAAUGGGAAACAUCACGGUCGCUUCAAUGUGAAACAAGCGUACCAGCUUGAUGGCGAGAAUACACACAGCCAAUUCGACGCCCCGUUCUUCGGCAUCAGUGCCGUAGAAGCCAACACUAUGGACCCACAGAUGCGUUUGCUACUAGAAACAGUGUAUGAAGCCCUUGAAGCUGGCGGCCAAUCGAUGGAGCGUCUCCGUGGCUCAGAUACGGCCGUCUACACUGACACGGCCUGCAGUUCAAGCAUGGUUGCCGUUCAUCAGGCUGUUAUGCAGCUUCGCACCGGACAGUCGCAUGUAGCUGUUGCUGCCGGCGCAAAUUUGAUCCUCGAUCCUGCAGACUAUAUUGGCAUGAGCAAUCUUGACAUGCUCUCGCCUGACAGUCGUUCCAGAAUGUGGGAUGCGAAUGCGAAUGGGUAUGCUAGAGGUGAAGGUGUUGCCGCCGUUGUCUUGAAGCUACUCAGCGCCGCCGAGGCAGACGGUGAUCACAUCGAGUGUAUCAUACGAGAAACCGCCAUUAACCAAGAUGGGAGAACCAAAGGAAUUACAAUGUCAGUAUCACCUCCAAAACGAUGGAUUGGACGCCAUAGGCCUAGCUCUACAGCUCAAGCGCAGCUCAUAUCAGACUGUUAUGCCCGUGCCGGUCUAGACUUGCUCGACCCUACACAAAGACCUCAGUACUUUGAGGCCCAUGGUACGGGCACGCCAGCGGGUGACCCCAUAGAGGCGGAAGCUAUCAAAGAGGCUUUCUUUCCCAUUGUCAACAACAACGCGGCACAUGCUCCAGAAAAGUUGUUUGUUGGAAGCGUCAAGACCGUCAUUGGGCAUUCCGAGAGUGUAGCAGGGUUGGCUGCAUUGAUCAAAACUUCCUUGGCUCUCCAGAAUUCGUUGAUACCCCCAAACCUCUUACUGCAAGACAUCAAUCCAAAAGUUUUGCCUUUCUAUGGUAAUCUUCAGAUCCCCAGUACAGCUGUUCCUUGGCCCAGAGUGCCUGAUGGUUGCCCACGAAGAGCAAGCGUGAAUAGCUUUGGCUUUGGGGGUGCUAACUCCCAUGCCAUUGUUGAGAGUUACAUUCCAAACUUGACCAUGACCGGCAAUGGCCAGAUUUGCUGUAUCCCCUUUGUCUUUUCUGCCGCCUCUACCGUGUCAUUGGCGGCUAUUCUAGCAAAUACACGUCGGUAUUUGAUGUCAAACACAGACGACGUCAGUCUUCGCGACUUGGCCUUGACCAUGUAUCUUCGUCGCUCGCGACAUGCAUACGGGAUUGCCAUUGCGGCAAGUAGUCUCACAGAGCUUUGCCAAAAGCUGGAGAAGUCUUGUUACGACUUGACAGCAGACGGGGGAACCUCUACCAGCAUUCGAUCAUCAACACAGUUGUCGAGUGGACAUCAUCGCAAGCCCAGGAUCCUUGCCAUCUUCACGGGACAAGGAGCACAGUGUUCACGGAUGGGUGCUGCAUUCAUCGAGAGAUCAGUGUAUUGUCGAGAUAUUGUCGACAGACUUGAAGCACGGCUCGCAAGUCUGCCGGAAAAAGAUCGCCCAAGCUGGUCACUUAGACAGGAGCUUUUGGAAGCGCCAGCAGCAAGAAUCAACAAAGCCUCGAUAUCUCAGCCACUAUGUACAGCUUUGCAAAUCAUGCAAGUGGAGCUGAUGCGUCGCGCAAAUGUCGACUUCUCUGCCGUAGUUGGCCAUUCAUCAGGGGAAAUAUCUGCGGCCUAUUGUGCCGGCAUGAUUACGGCAGACGAGGCCAUCUGCAUUGCCUAUUAUCGUGGUUUGAUCUCGGAACGGGCAAGUCAUGCCCAACCAAAGCGCGGCGCCAUGAUUGCCGUGGCGACAACAUUGCCCGACGCACAGGAGCUUUGUGAGGAUGACGACUUCAAGGAUCGAGUGUGCGUGGCCGCCGUCAACUCGCCGACCGGCAUCACCCUAUCGGGGGAUUCCGACGCAGUCGAGCACUUGCAUACAAUCUUCAAGGAUGAGGGCAAACUUGUGCGAAGUCUCCAAGUGGAUCAAGCGUACCACUCCUUCCACAUGGAGACGUGUGCAGAGGAGUAUGUGCGUGCCUUGGAGGCGCUUAAUAUUGAACCAAAAUUGACUGAGACGUCGUGGUUCUCAAGCGUUGAUGGCGGUACACAAGUAGGCACAGGCUACCUGGUACGACUUCGAUCCACCUACUGGGGCGACAACAUGGUUCAACCUGUGAUGUUCAUGCAGGCCAUCGAUCGAGCAUGGAAGUCUUGCGGUCCGUUUGAUAUGGCAGUCGAACUUGGCCCUCACCCCGCCUUGAAGCGCCCGGCGCUUGAAACCAUGCAGGAGCUGCACGGCCAAAAGAUCCCAUAUACGGGAGUUCAUGCCCGGGGGAAAGAUGCUGUCGAGGCAUUUGCCGAUGCCCUUGGGCUUCUUUGGGCCCAUGUUGCCUAUGCAAACCUCACCCAGUAUGACAGAUACGUGACCGGCCAGGCCGACUAUAUACCCGUCGUGGGACUACCGCCUUAUGCCUGGGAUCAUCCAAAGCAGUAUUGGCAUGAGUCCAGAUAUGCCAAGGCAAUUCGCACACAACCUGGGCCAUCUCACGAGUUGCUUGGGCAUUUGACGCCGGAUAGCAACGACAAGGACAUGAAAUGGAGGAAAGUUCUCUGCCCAGAUGAAGUACCAUGGUUAAAGAACCAUGCCAUAGAAGGUCAGGCCAUUUUCCCCGCCGCUGGCUACGUUGUCCUGGCAGUCGAGGCUACUGCGGCCAUGGUAAAAGCAAAAGGGCUGCUCGUUUCGCUUAUCGAUGUACGAGAUCUCGAUAUUGGCAAGGCUUUGGCGUUUGGUUCGGCCGAUACCAGGAUGGAGCUUGUCGUCUCUCUAAACAUCAUCCAUCAAAAUGACCAUACCAUCACUACGUCCUUCCACUUGCACGCAGCGCCAAUACUCUCGGAUGGGUCUCUCAAUCUCCUUGCGAGCGGCAGCACAACAGCGACUCUUGGCGACAGCAACCCAGACGUACUCCCCUCGACGAGAUGCCUUCAGACAGGUCUUUCCAACAUCAACUACGAAGAUUACUAUCAGUCUUUAUCCAGUCUUGGCUACGACUACGCCGAACAGUUCCGAGCGCUGCGUGGCCUGAAGAGAAAGUUUGGCUUCGCGAGUGGCUCCAUUCAAGUAGAGAGGUCGGCAAUGCUGGUUCAUCCUGCUGUACUAGACGCCUCGUUUCAGUCCAUGUUCCUCGCCAACUGCGCUCCUCACACCGGUGGCAUAUGGGCGCUUCAUGUUCCAAAGACGAUACGUCUUGUUCGCGUCAACCCCUCUGUCUGUGCUGCUGCGAAUGGGAACAACACCGUCUCUGUAGAGUGUACGCAGCCCAAAGACGUACCUGGUUUUGAGUGCGAUGUUGACAUAUUUUCAAUGGAUGGAGACCUAGAGCGAUGCAUGAUCCAGGUGCAAGGACUUUCUUGCGUUCCUUUGACUCGACCAACUGUUGCAGACGACCGAGAGAUGUUUGCUACUGUGGUUUGGGACGUAGCGGUACCCGACGGCAAUCGAGUCACGUUUGAUGGCCAGCCUACAGAGCACAAGAUUCAGCUGGCCUCUCUACUGGAGCGUCUAUCUGUAUUUUACCUCAAAACACUCUGCAUCAAUGUUCCAGAGCAACACCCAUCUCGUCAGACGGAUCCCUAUCAACACUACUUCAAUUUUGCCUCGCAUAUCUUGUCUCAGGCUAAAGAGGGCACGCUACCUUACUGGUCGUCCAAAUGGACCAACGACAGCUACGACGAUGUACGCGCAGCUUCGGAAGCGUUUCUUGAAUAUCCUGAUGUCCAGUUACUGCAAGCUAUCGGUGAGAACAUUGUAGACAUUGCGACGGGGAAAACACUAGCAAUCGAAAUCGGGAUGAGAAAUGAUAUGCUAGCUAGGAUCUACGAGUUUGGGCUAGGUUUCCAGGAGUACUCGAUAUUCCUGGGUAGACUAGUCAAGCAAAUUGCCCAUCGACAUCCCGGUAUGAACAUCAUCGAGGUCGGCGCCGGCACCGGUGUGGCCACGAAACGAGUAUUCUCCGAAAUUGGAAAGACGUUCUCAUCAUACACAUUUACCGACAUCUCUUCUGGUUUCUUUGAAAGAGCCAAAGGCCUUUUCAGCUCCCACCAAAGCGCGAUGCUGUACAAGGUACUCGACAUUAGUCGCGAUGUAGCCAGUCAGGGUUUCGAUGAGCAUUCCUACGACAUGGUCGUUGUUUCUGCAGUUUUGCAUGCGACUCCAGAUUUGCGUGUUACGCUAAGUAAUGUGCGACGCUUACUCAAGCCUGGAGGCUUUUUGGUAGCUGUUGAGGGCCAACCCACAUCGGCCAUGCUGGGAACUAUAUUCGGUUCCCUUCCAGGUUGGUGGCUGGGUGCAAAUGACGGCAGAAGGCUCUCCCCAUGCGUUGAUCUACCCACUUGGGACACUCUGCUGCGAGCUACAGGUUUCUCUGGUUGCGAUACGAAGAUACAGAGCGCGGGUGAUGCAGCAAUGCCAAUGACGGCUUUUGUAUCCCAGGCUGUUGACGACAGAGUCAACUUCGUUCGACAUCCCUCGUCUACACCCAUGGCACUCUUCCAGGGCGACAACUUGAGAAGGGAGGAAGAGCUUCUAAUCCUUGGCAGCAGAGUCGCACAAUCUCUGCUGCCUCUAUUGCAAUCUCAAUGGGGAAACAGGAUCAGGACCGUCGACUCGCUAGCAGCACUAGACAUUAGUUUGGUCGGAUCCAACACGACAAUACUGAGUCUUUUAGAUCUCGACACGCCAUUAUUUGGCAAUCUCCAGUCUGAUACAUGGGUCGCUUUGAGAACCUGCCUGCAACAAGCAAACACCAUCUUGUGGGUUUCGUCCAAUCGUCGAUGUGAGAAUCCAGACGCCAACAUGAUGAUUGGACUUUUGCGGUCGGUCAAGCAUGAAAUACCUACAAUUGCCAUUCAGAGCCUGGACUUUGAGUCUCCGGCGCUUCCAAGCGCCCAGAGAAUUGCCGAUGCCCUUGUCGCAUUCAAGGCAGCGCUCAUGUGGCAGCAAGACGGCAACAUGCUUUCAACCAUUGAGCCAGAGAUUGUGAUUGACACGGAUGGCACGCCUGUUAUUCCUCGGAUGAAGCCGGAUCAAACAAUGAAUAACCGGUACAACUCACCACGACGUCCAGUCUUUUCUAACAGUUCCUGCCAUCGAGGUAAUGGCAACAUUGCCCUCGCCGGUUUUGAUGGAACACUGCCAUCCUGGCAACAACACGCUGUGCCCCCGCCGACGCCUAAAUUUACAAUUCAAGUCACUCGUUCUCUACGGUCCGCAUUGUACAUUCCCAAGGUUGGCUUCAUGAAUCUUGUGCUGGGACGCAAUCCUGAGUCAGAUGAACAAGUCGUCGCUUUGACCACACAACCUACCCUACAUGUCAUUCCUGUCGUCACAGUUGCCCUGCCAAUGCCUGUCCCAGCAGCUCAGGAGGCUGCAUUUUUAUCGCUUCUGGCGUACCAGCUCAUUUCCAAGCUGCUAGCUAGUGAAGUCUCUUUUGGUACUACGGUGGUUGUUCACAACAAAGAAGAAGAGCCACUUAUCUCGAUUCUCAGAGAUACAAGUGAGAGAAAUGUCCUCAGCUUGAAAAUCGGCUUGUCACCUCAUAAUAAUUACAUCCAUCCAAUGACGCCAGACCGAAAACUUCGGCAGAUGAUCCCAAGCGACACGUCGGUUUUUUGCGAUCUCAGCAUUGGUCAGUCUGGGUCUGCUGCCGGAGCUCGUUUCAGAGCGCAUUUGCCCAGUAACUGCCGUGUCUAUGAUCGCUCGUCAAUUUUUGCCGUUCCUUGUUCCUCGGAGUUUCCACAUGCGCAGCAAUCAGCGUACUUGGUCGCGUUAUUGCGUGAUUGUGUUUCUCGCUGUCACGCAGAGACUGCGCCUUUUAGUGCUCUUUCUUACGCGGAUGGAGGUCAUCUACUCGAGACUGUGAAAUGGCCUGCUCACGCGUCUGAUGUACAGGUCCGAGUGCGUCCUGCUGACUCAUAUGUCCAAUUUUCGACGAACAGGACGUACUGGUUAUGUGGUCUUAGCGGGGGCCUUGGGUUGUUGCUUUGCGAGUGGAUGAUAGAUCGUGGAGCGACACACGUCGUCAUCUCAAGUCGCUCGCCUAAAGUGGAAGAGCAAUGGCUAGUGAGGAUGCGCAAUCUGGGAGCAGAUGUGAGGAUAUUCGCAUGUGAUAUCACGGAUCGGGCAGCCGUUCAGGGUCUGUACAGGCAGAUCAAGUCCAGCCUUCCACAAGUCGCUGGAAUUUGCCAGGGCGCAAUGGUAUUGGAAGAUGUUGCAGUUGGCAACAUGUCCAUUGAUUCUAUGCUUAAAGUAACCCGACCAAAAGUUCUAGGAAGUAUUCACAUGGAUGAGCUUUUUCAAACCGAUGAUCUCGAAUUCUUUAUCCUCUUCUCUUCCGUCAGCUCCAUCCUCGGCAACAUUGGCCAAGCGAAUUACGGAGCAGGCAAUAUGUUCAUGAGCAGCCUGGCAGAACGGCGGCGGCGAAGAGGAUUAUCAGCCUCGGUGAUGCACAUCGGUCCAAUCUCAGGUGCCGGCUACAUCAGCGAUCGCGGUCUCGAUUCCCAUUUUCACAAGAUGUCCUUGAGGAAAGCUGCAAGUUUAAUGUCAGAGCGAGACUUUUUCCAGCACUUUGCUGAAGCUGUCAUGGCUGGGCGGCCGGAGUCUAACUCGCCUGACAUCACUUCCGGCCUAGCAAGAGUUGAGUCGGCACGCGAAAUUGGGCCAUUAUUAAGUCACAUGGUGAUACAGCAAGCCUCGCAAGAAGAUACUGGUGCGCAAGCAAAGCCCAAGGCCUCUCUUAGAUCGCAGCUUUUAGAAGUCAGAGCAUCUAAUGAGCUCGAACCCAUAAUCCGCGAGGCGCUCUUAUCGAGAUUGAGCGUCGUGUUUCAGAUGGAGCUUUCUGCAUAUAGCCAGACUCAGUGUAGCAUGACACGCCUUGACGAAAUGGGCACAGACUCGUUGAUGGCCAUUGACAUCCGUAGCUGGUUUGUCAAGGAGCUACAGGUCAACAUUCCCGUGUUAAAGAUCUUGAGUGGUGUGACGAUCAGCGAUCUUAUUGCAACAGCAGUAGAGACAAUUCCCAACUCCUUGGUACCGAAACUUAGUGAUGAGCAACGUCUGGGCCCCAAGAUGGCAACAGAGAUGGACAUGGAGGACGGAGCCAAGACACCCGCAACUGAUUCCUUCACAUCCAAGGACUCGGAUAGUGGCAGCGCGACCUUGACUGAGCCAACUCCAUUUUUAGGGGAUCAGGAUCCAGUCGAGUUGCUUUUUGAGAAGGGCUCUUUGACUUCACCAACUAAUGAGCAAGUCCCAAAUGUCUCGACAGCCGCCAGUCUGAACGAUUCAGCUCCAGCGUCGUUGGUAACCUCUCCACACAGCAAACCUGACCAUUCCGCGGAAUGCUCAACUCAACUUAAGGAGGCUGGCCUGAUGAAUCAACUAUCAGACGUUGCUGACGAGAAAGUUUUGGAAUUGUCCUUUAGCCAAAGUCUCUUCUACUUUUCUGCCGCCUUCGCCGUAAACCCGACCCAUCUGAACUUGACGAGUGCAUACCGAAUGACAGGAACGCUAUGCGUCCAAUCAAUGAAAGAUGCCGUGCUAGCGCUUGGGAGUGAACACGAGUCCCUCAGAACCCGGUUCUUCGUCGAAAACUCUCGUCCCAUGCAAGCUGUCAUGAAGUCGAGCCUAUUGCGGCUGGAACACUAUACUAUUCAACACGAAAGCGAGCUGGAAACAUAUGUCAAUGAUAUCCACAGUCACGUCUACGACCUUGAAAGAGGCGAUACUAUGCGGCUCGCCGUAGUGUCAACAUCGGAAGGCCGUAACUUUGUCAUCAUGGGAACACAUCACCUUUCCAUGGAUGGACAGUCGGCUCUCCCAUUCAUGAAGGGCCUCAUGGAACAUUACACCGGUACCCCGACAAACUACGGGACAAGGCCUCUGCAGUAUCUUGACAUGAGUGAGAAGCAACACGCCGACUUUAGGCUCGGCCGCUUCGAGAAAGAACUCACGUAUUGGAAGAAUGAGCUUGCAAAUCCGCCACCGCCCCUUCCCAUGAUGCGAAUAUCGUCGCUCGUCUCACGGCCAGUGUUGCGAGAUUACGGGAACAGGCAUUGGAACGUGCGAAUCGGACUCGAAACGAAGAAGAAGAUUUUACUUCUGUGCCGUCGCUACAGAGUAACGCCGUUUCACUUCUACCUCGCUAUCUACAGGGUUUUAAUUUACAGAUAUACGGGAGCCGAAGAGUUUGCCAUAGGAAUUGGCGACGCAAACAGGACCGAAGAGUGCAUGAUGGAGAGUAUCGGGGCAUUUGUGAAUGUAUUGCCAAUACUCCUGCGUACCGAUUCGCAACAACAGUUUGAUGCUAUACUCACCGAGACGCGAUCAAAGACUCACGCUGCACUGGAGCAUUCUCGGUUACCAUUCCAUCUACUUUUGAGCGAGUAA